AUGCCUCAAACAAACACCGAGCCGCAAUGGAUUUUGACUACAAAUCAAAGCUACACACCAAAAAGCAGUCUCCAGCUUGGCCAGAUAUUAACGGAUUAUACCAAUCCUAACAGUGCAAUUCUAACUGAGACCGCCGCUAUUGCCGACGAUAAGGUGAAGGAAGAGUCCUACGACCAAAACGUCAACUACAAGUCAUCUGAGCCAAUACAAACCGCUUUUGAAGAUUGGUUGGAAGCUGCAUCAAGCGCGUGUGAGGAACUCUGGAUGGUAACUGGGCUUCGAAUUGUUGGAAAAAAACGCGAAUUUGCCAAGGUUUCAGAAAUAAAGCUAUUGGUCGCACUGAAGUGGACGGAGAUGGUAGUGUGGCCGAACUCUCGAUUUAUGCACCACUACAUGUUGUCUGUCGAGGUUUUCGCCCACUAG